AUGACGACACUUCGGCGCUGGGUUUCUGAAUGGCGCCUUGUUCCCGUGAAGCGAGUGUCGGUGAGAGCGCUACAGGUGAGUGGUGGGAGCCGCUCGCAAGACGUCCCUGCGCCGCAGCGGCUUGCCAGUGCUCCGGACGAAGCCCACCGGGCGUCGCCGACCCUCCAAGAGCCCCGGCACUCGGGCUGGGGACCUAGGCAUCUCUCCGCGGGUCGGGGCGGCCGAGGCCCGGGGCUGCGCCUCCAUGUCCUCUAUUCGGGCGGGUCGCACACUGGUCCCGUAAAGCCCGGGCAGUAUAAAGCAAAAGCCAAACCCAUGGCCGUGGAGUCCAUUCCCGCUCACAGUGCCCCUGGAGGACCAGAGUGGAACCGCACCACAUGUGGUUUCCUAAGGCGACCGUCAGACUCCCCACGGAAGCCCUCCAUGGCGUUCCUGCACUUUCAGCCACCCAGUUUCCUGCUGGCGAGCCUUAAAGCCGACGCCGUGAAUAAGCCCUUUGCCCAGCGCUGCCAGGACUUGGUUAAAGUCAUUGAGGAUUUCCCAGCAAAGGAGCUGCGCCCCGUUUUCCCGUGGCUGCUGGAGAGUAUCUUUGGGAGUCUGGACGGUGUCCUCCCGGGCUGGGACCUCCGCUGCCUGCAGGGGCGCGUGAACCCCGUAGAAUACAGCAUCGCCAUGGAGUUUCUAGACCCUGGUGGCCCAAUGAUGAAGCUGGUUUAUAAACUGCAAGCUGAAGACUAUAAGUUUGACUUUCCUGUCUCCUACCUUCCCGGCCCUGUGAAGGCGUCCAUCCAGGAGCGGGUCCUGCCUGACAGCCCUCUGUACCACAACAAGGUCCAGCUGCCGUCCAGCGGGGGCCUUGGCCUCAACCUGGCCCUCAACCCCUUUGAGUAUUACACAUUCUUUUUCGCCUUGAGCCUCAUCACUCAGAAGCCGCUGCCCGCCUCACUCCACAUCCGGACAUCCGACUGUGCUUACUUUCUCCUGGUGGACCGGUACCUGUCGUGGUUCCUGCCCACAGAAGGCAGUGUGCUCCCCCCACUCUUCUCCAGUCCUGGGGGCUCCAGCCCCUCGCCAGCUCCCAGGUCGCCAGCUGUGCCCUUUGCCUCCUACGGCCUCCAUCACAGCAGCCUGCUGAAGCGGCACAUCUCCCACCAGACGUCUGUGAACGCGGACCCUGCCUCCCAUGAGAUCUGGCGCUCAGAGACCCUGCUCCAGGUGUUGGUUGAGAUGUGGCUUCAUCACUACUCUAUGGAGAUGUACCAGACGAUGCAGUCUCCUCAUGCCAAGCUGGAGAUUCUGCACUACCGGCUCAGCGUGUGCGGCGCCCUGCACGGCCCUGCCCAGCCCGGCUUCCGGGCCCUGCACACCUACCAGGAGAUGUUCACGCCCACUGAGGAGCACGUGCUGGCGGUCCGGCUGCUCGUGAAACACCUGCACGCUUUCUCCAACAGCCUGAAGCCGGAGCCUGCCGCAGCCCACUCCCAUGCCACCAGUCCCCUGGAGGAGUUCAAACGGGCUGCCAUCCCACGCUUCGUCCAGCAGAAGCUCUACCUGUUUCUGCAGCACUGCUUUGGCCACUGGCCCCUGGAUGCAUCGUUCAGAGCCGUCCUAGAGAUGUGGCUAAGUUACCUGCAGCCGUGGAGGUACGCACCCGAGAAGCAGGCCCAGAGUAGUGAGGCCCAGCCCCGCUGUGUGUCAGAGAGAUGGGCGCCCUUCGUGCAGGAGAACCUGCUGGUGUACACCAGGCUGUUCGUGAGCUUCCUGAACCGUGUGCUGCGCAUGGACCUGGUCAGCCCCAAGAACGCGCUCAUGGUGUUCCGCGUGGCCAAGGUCUUCGCCCAGCCCAACCUGGUGGACAUGAUCCAGAAGGGUGAGCAGCUGUUCCUGGAGCCCGAGCUCGCCCUCCCCCACCGCCAGCACCGUGUCCUCAUGACACCCACACUCACUGGCAGCUUCCUGUCAGCCUGGCCACCCACCGUCACCGACGCUGCCUUCAAGGUGAAGAGCCACGUCUACAGCCUGGAGGGUCAGGACUGCAAGUACACCCCGAUGUUUGGGCCCGAGGUCCGCGCCCUGGUCCUGCGCCUGGCACAGCUUAUCACGCAGGCGAAGCAGACGGCCAAGUCCAUCUCUGACCAGUCUGCCGAGAGCACGGCUGGCCGUUCCUUCCUGUCGUGGCUGGGCUUCGGCCCUGUGGACACCAGCAACUCCUAUGCAAUCAAUGACCUUGACGAGAUGGGGCAGGACGGUGUCCGCAAGACGGAUGAGUACCUGGAAAAGGCUCUGGAGUACCUGCGCCAGAUGUUCCGGCUCAGUGAAGCCCAGCUGGCCCAACUCACACGCGCCCUCGGGACGACGCAGGACGAGAAUGGGAAGAAGCAGCUUCCGGACUGCGCUGUGGGGGAGGAUGGGCUGGCGCUCACCCCCCUGGGCCGCUAUCAGAUCAUCAACGGCUUGCGCAAGUUUGAGAUCCAGUACCAGGGCGACUCGGAGCUGCAGCCUAUCCGGAGCUACGAGAUCGCAGGCCUGGUCCGCCUGCUCUUCCGCCUCUCCUCCGCCAUCAACCGGAGGUUCGCAGGCCAGAUGGCAGCCCUGUGUUCCCGGGCCGACUUCCUGGGCACCUUCUGCCGCUACCACCUCACUGAGCCCGCGCUGGCCAACCGGCACCUACUGAGCCCCAUGGGCCGGGCGCAUGCGGCCAGCCGGGCCCGUGGCCCCAGGCUUAGCCUGCGCUUCCUGGGCAGCUACCGGACGCUGCUGUGGCUUCUGCUGGCCUUCUUUGUGGCCUCCCUGUUCUGCGUUGGGCCCCUGCCCUGCACCCUGCUCCUCAUCCUGGCCUACCUGCUCUACGCCUCGGCCAUGGCGCUGCUCUCCGAGCGGAGCAAGCCACACCAGGCCUGA